AUGCAUCAUAUCGAGCAGGCACUAUCACGCAAGAAAAGCAGCAGCUGGCUGUCGCUUCUUAAAGAUGGUCGAAAGGGAGGCAGUUCCAAGUCCACGUCAGCAGCAGCUACAGCGGAACCUACGUCAGCAGAAACCGAAGCGCAUCAUGCCCCGCCAGGCGAGGAGAUUCCGGAGGAGGCUCGGGUCAAGCCUAGCCGAACCUCCAGCGGAGGCUCGUUAUUGGACUGGAAAGGGAAGGGCAAGAAGGAUAAGCCUAGGAGCUAUGCAUUGGGGAAGAGCGAACCGGGCGCGCCUGCCGUAACUAUCGAGGUUACAAGGGCCUUUGUUGACGACGAUUGCCCUCUUUCGUCUCUUUCCUCCACCGUUGUCUCCUCCGUUCCUUCAGGCUCCUCCCUCUCGUCCACCUCCUCUCGUUCCACCUCAGCACGCUCCUCACUGGACCGUCCCGUUAACGGCAGCCCCGCUAUAGACCGUUCCAGUAGAGACGAUGAGUCGCCUAUGGCUCUGCAAACGGCUGACUCCCUGCGCAUCCACAGAAAGGCCAAGGAAGCUUCGUCGAAGCAGCACGACGGCACCUCGCCAGUCCCGCAGCUGAAGCUUCGGAUAGAACCGCCAGUGGCGAGCCUCGAAGGGUCAGACCGAACCUCGGGCGCGAGCAGCCGAGCCAGCAGCAGCGGGAGCGAGAGCGGAAGCGCGACCGCCAGCAGCGGCCGGCACGACGGGACGAACGGCGCAACCAGCGCGAGCGUAUUGAGCAGCAGCAGGGGUAGCGUCGGCGGCCCGAACAGAGACCGGGACCGGAGCAGGGGUAGGGACGGGUCGCUUAGGGUUGUAUCGCUCCUAGGGGCGGCGACGGAGGUGGUGGCGACGCUAGGGUUGCAGCAUCUGCUGGUGGGGCGGUCGCACGAAUGCAAGUUCCCGCCGUCCGUGCUCGCGCUGCCGUGCGUUACGGCGCCCGCGUCGGGAUCGGGCGUGGAGGGGCCAAGCUGCGGCUCCGCGCACGACACGCUGUCGCAGCGGGUGCGGAAGAGCCUCUCCCGAUACCACGUGGACGUGGAAGCGAUAAAACGGCUGCAGCCAGAUGUGAUUAUAACGCAGGACGCUUGCGACGUGUGCCUCGUGACUGUAGCGGACCUCGAGGCGGCGUGCGCGGAGUACUUCAAGCAGCGCGAAGACUCGGGACACGUGUGCCACGUGGUAUCGCUCAAGCCAAUCACGAUCUCGGACGUGUGGGACAACAUGGUUCAGGUCGCAGCGGCGGUCGGGCACAGGGAGAAAGGUUGCGUGCUCGUGCAGACUCUUAAAGCGCGCUGGUCGCUCGUGCGCAGGCAGGUUCCGCUCCGCGGAUCGUCCCCGCGCGUGCGCGUGGUGUGCCUGCAGUGGCUGCGCCCGCUCAUGGGGGCGGGGUUCUGGGUUCCGGAGAUCGUCGCUUGCGCGGGAGGCAAGAGCCUGUCGGGGAAGCCGGGAGAGCGCACGGCCAUGCUAACUUUGGAAACCCUUCUAUCUUUGGACCCUGACGUCAUCAUCGCCAUGUGCUGCGGAUUGUCCAUGGAAGCAGUUUUAAGAGAGUUUCUUAACUUGGACGAUUUACCCCAGUGGAACCGGUUGAGAGCGGUUCAGACGGAUUCCGUCUUCGUGGCUGACGGCGACCGUUACUUUAACAACUCCGGGCCGACUAUAGUCGAGUCGGCGGAGAUCAUGGUGGAAAUUCUCCAUGCGCGCCGGUUCCCAAACCACAGAACCGCAGUGAACCGCUCUGGCGCGUCUGCUGGCGGUGAUAAUGACGCCCCGCUUUCCUCUUUCCGCAACAACCGCGGAUUGGGCGCAGGACACGUGGCAGCAGGUCCGGAUUCCCCGGAGAUCGAGAUUAAGUACGAGGGGAGGGCAUACGCACAGUUGACGGGGGGGUGCGUGGGCGCGUGGCGCGCGCUGCUGGGGGAUGGCGGAGGGGUCGACCAGGGGGGAGAAAGCUGGGGAAAACUGGAUGUGGGGAAGGGGGGGAAUGUGGGGAGCGGUACUGCGGGGGAAAAGGGGAGCGGGAGCGUAGGGGAGGGGGAGGGGUGGUUUGCGCAAUUGGCGUCGGAAGCAGCGGCUAAGGGGGCGAAGGAAGCGGCGCGGGAGGCGGCUUUGGUGGCGAAAGCGGGGGGGAAACUGCAGGGAACGCAAGGGCAGGGGAGCAGCAAGGGAGAGUUGGCGAAGGUGGCAAACAACGAUGCGUUUAUUGUUCCUCUUCGCCCGCCUCCUGGUUACACGGGAAGUGUUACAACAGCCAGCAGCAACGCCACUGCCGCCGCCGCUGCUCCAGUCGGUGCUGCUGCUGCUGCCGUAAGUGCUGCGCCCUCUGCACCGGCUCCCGAGCCCUUGGCGCCCCUCCCCUCUCCCCCCGGGCGCAGCUCCAGGCGGUCGCUGUGGGGGUUGAAGCGGGGGAAAGGGGGGAAGGACGCGGAGGAAGGGGGGAUUGAGGCGGAGAGGAAGGAAGAGGAAGCGGCGCAGCUGCGCGCGCUCUUCCUGGCGACCAUAGAGGACUCGCUCCCCGCGGACUGCCUGCUCCUCUCGGGCGGGCUCGCGUCCACCAUCAUUGCGCACGCCGCCACGUCCCUCAUCUGGCCGGGCAGCAUAGCCGCCGCUAUCACCGUCCUUGCGAGCCCCAAGGCCGCGGACAGGCUCCCCGCGGCGGCUGCCGCGCGCGGGUGCCAGCUGGGCGCGGGGAUGGGCGCGGGGGGGAGCGGGGGGCAUGUGUUUGUGGGGGGCGGGCCGGGGUUUCAGCCGGAGCACCUGCUGGAGACGGAGUUACGGUUUGUGGUGCGCGUGUUGAAGAGCUUCGACCCCGCUGAGAUCCGCAUGGGCGUGGUGCUGGCGGCGGGAUUGAGGGAGGCCAAGCGGCAGGGGUUCUGCUCGGUGAUGGUGGGCGAUGGCGCGGACGAGCUCUUCACUGCGUUUGACUUCAUGGUGCGAAUGAGCGAUGCCAAGCUACAGGAGUGUCGGCACCACAUGGUGGAUGUUCUGCGCUUCCCCUGCAGAGACCUCGCGCAGGCACUCGGCCUCGAGGUUCGGCAGCCGUUCCUGCACCCGGCCCUGCAGGAGUUCGCCUUGGGGCUGACCAAGGACGAGCUGCUGGGGGAGGGGCGCAGCGAGGAGUGGUGUGACUAUAACGAGGGCAACCUGCUGCUGCGCAUGGCCUUCCCUGAAGUGGUGUCCGCCCGCCGGCCCAAGGACCCCAUUGAGGUGGGAGCCGGCACAGUGGCACUAACACGCCAUUUUGCCAGGAGGAUGGCACGGGAGGAGUUUCAGGCAGAAAGGCAGAGGGUGAAGAGGGAGGACCAGGUUCGGAUACGGGACCCCGAGCAUCUGCACUACUACCAAGCCUUCUGCCAGGUGUUUGGCGGGCCUGUGCUCCCGGGGGUGCAGCGCUGGCAGCCCAACGCUUGCUCUGCCUGCGGCUUCCCGCCUCUCUUCCCAGAUCAGCUCCUCUGCGCCACCUGCGGCGAAUGCUCCACUCGCAAACCCUCCUCCCGCCGCCGCUCCCAACCCAACAACGCCGGUCCUGGUGCUGGCGGUGUUGGGAGCUGUGCUGGGGACGUUGGGGCAGGCGCAGAUGGGUUCGGAGGGGUUGGAUUGUGCGGAUUGGAAGGGGCGCAUGGGAGGGGCCAGUCGGGCGGGACUGGUAGCGGUUCUAACGGCCGGGGGAGGUUGAGUGAUGUGCCACGCAGCCCGCGCCGCCCCUCCACCCCCCCUCGAGGCUCCUCUCCCAGUGUUGCUUCCCCUUCCAGUGCUGGCAACAGCGGGAGGAAGCAGCGCGGCUGCUGGGGCAACGCGGGAGCGGGAGGAGGGCAAGUGGGAGGGCGAGAGGCGUUUGGAGCGGUGGAGAGGGAGGGGUGUGGGGAGGGAGGGGAGGGGGGGGAGUGGGGGGAGCAAGUGGUGGUGGAGGUGGCAGAGGAGGUGUGUGCGGCUCUGUCAGUGGUGGAUCAGGCACUAGCAGGGGUUGCGUCGCCUGAUCGAACCUUGCCUGUGAAACACGCCCUAGGAACAAGCAGCAGCAACAUCAACAGCAACAGCAGCAGGAGUUGCAUGAACAACAAUGGCUCCAUGAAUAAUGUGCAUCCGAUGAGCAACAUCCACGCGUUGCUGCUCUCAACGUACUCGCACCCGCCCUCUGCGGCUUCAGCUCUCCACCAUUCCGACUCGCUGCUCUCCCUGGUUGCCUGUGUGGACGGUGGGUUGAGCGUCUGGGGCGAUAUUAUCGGCUCAAGCCAGUGCAGCGACGAGCCUGAAGGAGAUAGUGACUAUAACGUGCGGGAUAAUAACGAGGAAAAGGAGAGGUGUCGGAGCGAGGGUGGGCAGAGGAGAGGCAGCCGGAGAGUGGGGAGGGGGAGGCGGAUGGGAGAGCGAGGAGGGGCGAUCGGUGGAGGAGGGUCGAUGGACGGUCUGGAUCGCGAGGAUGCAGAUGCGAUUACCGAGGGAACAGAGAUGUGGAGUGUUACUGAUGCGACGACAGAAGUAGCAGGGUUUAGUGAGAGUGAAGAGUGGGGCGAUGGGGAUGCGGAUGGGGAUGGGGACGGGGACGGCACACACGAAGGGCUGAGCAGCAGCGGCAGUUUCUCGGACUGUGCUAGUAGCUUUUCAGGGAGGGAUGGGGGAGCGGAGGUGCUUGGGGUGGGGAUGAUGGGGGUAGGGGGAGGAGGGGAGAAGGGUUAUGUGCUGGGUGGAAAUGAGUGGGGGGACAGUGGGCAUGGCAGUGGAAGGUAUCUGAUCAAGGGAACGGAAACAGCAUCGAAGUACAGAGUGCUUGGUGCAGAUUUGGCUGCCAAAUUUCGUCCCAUCUCACGUCAUUCCUUGCAUCGCGUGCCUGCUGUGCUGACUGGAUGGGAUGCCUCGGAUGGCGGCAGGACCAAGAGGCGCGUUGGGGUGAGGCUGACUGCCCUAGGAGGGAACGAUAGGCGAGAGCAGAACGGGGAUGAGAGGGUAGAAGCAAGGGGAGAGAGUCAGGGAGAUGGAAGGGGAGAGGAGGGACAGGUAAAGGGAGAGGAGGGAGAUGGGAGGAGAAAAGGGAGAGAGGAGGAAGACACCAACAGUAUAUGCAGCAGUGAGUGGCGAUGGCUUGAGAUGUCCGUCUCUCUUGCCACGUGUCCUCGUGAGGGGGCCGCCACGUGUACAUCUUCACACGGACCGCCUCCUGAAGAAACAGCCCGGGAAGGUCCGAGUGGCGGAGCCCGCGAGCCAAGGAUGGUUCUCUGCACUUUCCUGGACAUUUCCGAGCGGAGGAAGCAAGAGGAUCUCAUGCUGCAGAGGUUGAAGGAUUCCGUUGUGCCUGUCAUGGCCUCUCACCAGGACAUGGCUGCGAACAAUGACUUGCACCAUCAUAGCUCACAGCAUGAGUCACCACCCGUCGUCACCCCCGUCAGAGUCGCCCGCCCUGCUUCAAUCGAGGGAGAGGAACAGCAGCAGGCAGGCAGCAGCAGGAGCAGCAAGAGUGGCGUUGACAGAUGCGGUGGUGGCAGGGAGGCGGAGCACGGUGAGGAGGGUGGCGGGAGGGGAGAGCAGGCGGCAGGAGGUGGAGAGGCGAGUGGGAUUGACGGUGCGAGUAGAGGGUGCAGAGGUGGCGCCGGUGUGGAGGGCGGAGAUGGGAACAUGGCCGCGUUGACUACGUCUGAGGCGCCUCAGACGACUUCAAAUGGACAGUAUGACGAUUUCAAAUCGUCAGAUGACAGUAUGGACGCUUUGCAGCAGAUGGUGGCUCUGCUCAAGGGAGUCAAGCAGUCGCUGCAGUGGAGCCAUGAAAGUGCCAAGUUCCAUGCAAUCUUCGAGAUGUCCAUGGAUCCUAUUUUCAUCAACUCAAUGGAACAAAUACUGCAUGACCUCAAUCCCGCUGCCGCCCACAUCCUCGGAUUCCCCUCCACGUCUGCCGCCCUGGCGAGCCUGCCCAAGGGCUACCUCCUCAAACACUCCCCUGUGCUACAGCCGUGUGGGCGGCAAAGUUUGGAGCUAUUCAAGGGGAUUCUGGUGGAGCUGAUGGAGCACGGGGAGUGUGCGCCAUUCGAGUGGGUGCACACCCGAUUGGAUGGCUCAGAGUUUCAUGUGCUGGUGAAAGUUAAGAUGGUAAUGAUCAACGGCGAGCGCCUGUACAUGUCGGUGUGGCACGACAUAACGGAGAUGAAGCGCAAGGAGGAGGAGCUGAAGGCGGCCAAGGAGGCGGCGGAGGCGGGCAACGAGGCGAAGAACCGGUUCCUGGCGAACAUGAGCCAUGAGCUGCGCACCCCCAUGAAUGGCGUCAUCGGUGUCGCCGAGUUGCUCCUCCGCACCCCCCUCACCCCGCAGCAGCGCUCCUACGUCGACGUCAUCUCCUCCUCCGGCAACGCGCUCAUCCAUAUUAUAUCGGAUGUGCUUGAUAUUACCAAGAUUGAGACCAACUCGCUGCUGCUGGACUGCUGCCCGUUCAACCUCCGAGAGACGGUGGCUGAAUGCGUGGAGGCGGUGAGGCCGGCUGCAGAGAACAAGAAACUCGCGUUGCACAGCAGCGUGGGCGGCGGCAUGCCGGAGUGGGUGGAGGGCGACCAGCUGCGGGUUCGGCAGAUUCUGCUCAAUCUGCUCUCCAACGCCAUCAAGUUCACUGACCACGGCCAAGUCCUCCUCUCCGCCGCCCUCUCCCCCAACCCCUUCGACCAUGAAACUGAGAAGCCCGUCGACCCUGAAAGCGGAGAUCCCCUCGACUCGCCCUUUGAGUCUGGGGAACAGCCGGGCGGCGUUGUGCCUACAGGGAGGAAACGGCGGCUCGGCAAUGCCGAGAAGGGAGCGGAAGGAGCCUUUGUGUCUGCUGGGAAGAAGCAGCGGCAUGGUGAGACAGCACAGGUAGAGGCUGGAGCGGCAGAGGCAAAGGCUGCAGCAGAAGCAGAGGCAGGGGUCGGAGCAGAAGCAGUGACAGAAGCAGAUGCAACGGAUUUGGCAGCAGAGGAACCAGUGGUUGGAACAGCAGCAGAGCCAGGGGCUGCAUACGCUGCUCACAGGGAGGAGAUAAUUCGGAUUGGGAGAGCACCCAACGAGGGGAAUAGCGGCAGUGAGCGUAGCGGGAGUGGUGAGCGUGGUGAGAGUGGUGAGAGUGGUGAGAGUGUGGAUCCUGAGUUCAUGGCUGUGGCUGCAUCAGCGGCAGCAGAUGUGGCAGCGGACGAUGCAGUGUUCUCGAUCACCUCCCUGCACCCACUCGCCCCUGCACGUUCUCUUCAGAGGGCAAUAUCAGCAUCAGCCCCAGCCGAUGCUGCAGCCGAUGCAGCCGAUGCUGCAGCAGACAAUGCUGUGUUCGCAAUCACCUCCCUGCACCCACUCACUCAUGUGGCGCCUCAAAUGGCAUUGUCAGCGUCAGCCCCUGCAGAGACUCCAGCAGAUGCUUCAGCAGACGCUCCAGCAGCUGAUGCAGCAGAAGAUGCUGCGCUCUUGAUGGCUGCUCUGCACCCGGUCGUGACUGCUUUCCCACACUCCCUUUCUUUGGAUGCGUGGAGGCAGGAAGGUGACAGAAACGAGGAGGUCCUAGGGGAUGUGGUUAGAGGCGGGGAGGGCGAGUGUGGGGCGGGUCAUGCCAGGGACGUGGUUGAUGAUGCAGGGGCAGGGGCAGCAAUAGUGCAGGAGAGACCAGAUGCAAGGGGCAGUGGGCCUGGGAGGAGAGGGGGGAGAGAGCACGCUGAAAGGGAUGCGCAUGGGGAAGGGCACGCCUGUGCGCAAGAGCAUGGGGAUGGGGAUGAUCAUGGAGACGGCGAUGGAGAUGGGAAUGGGGAUGGGGAUGGGGAGGAGCGGAGGGCAGUGGUGUGGGUGCGGAUAGACAUAAAGGACACCGGAGAGGGUAUUUCCACCGACGCCCUUACGAGGCUGUUCACGCCGUUCCGGCAGGUGGACGACUCGUCGUGCCGCAAGCACGGCGGCACGGGCCUGGGUCUCUCCAUCUGUCGCUCGCUCGCCGCGCUCAUGGGGGGCUGCAUCUCCGUCGCCUCCUCCCCCCGCCACGGCUCCACCUUCUCCCUCCACCUGCCCUUCUCUCCUGCAUCGCAGCCAGACGAGAGUGGUCAUUGUGUGGCGCCAGCGCAGCAGAGUUAUGACGGGAACCAGCAGGAGCUGCAGGCCAGUCAUGCUGGAGAUCAUCGUCAUCAUCAUCAUCAGCAGCAGCAGCAGCAGCAGCAUGGAUCAGAGGAGAAGGGGUGUGGUGUGAAACCGGUUGGUGGAAGUGUGAUGGGGAGACAGAGUGUGGAAGAUGCAACUGAGUCAGGUAAAGGCAGAGAGGUGUUUGAGACAGGCCAAGGUUGCAAGGGGGUGAGAAUCGAAGGUGCUGCCGGCUCAACAAAGGAAGGUCAGGAGGGGGAAGGUGGUGAGCAGAUGCGAGAAAGCAGGUUAUGGAGGGAUAGACAUGGUGAGACAAGGAUGCCUCUUGAAGAGGUUGUAGCAGGUGCACAUCUCAAGUCCCCGUCGAAUGGGUUAUUUCCCAAGUCGCACUCUAAUGGUGGCGCAUUUUCCAAGCCCCCCUCUACGGGCAGCGUAUUUCCCAAAUCCCCCUCUAAUAAUGGGAAAUCCCCAAAGUCGCCCUCUAAGGGUGGCGGAUUUCCCAAGUCCCCGUCUUGCGGCGGGGUGUUUGAGGGGCUGCGGUGCCUGGUGGUGGAGGACAACGCGGUGAAUCGCAUGGUGGUGGUGCAGCUGCUGAGGAACCUGCGAGUCUCGUGUGAUGUGGCAGAGAAUGGGCACAAGGCCGUGGAGGCCUGCCGCUCCACCAACUACCACGUCAUCUUCAUGGUCAGUCCACCACCUGCCACGUCAUCUUCAUGCGCUGCUCUGGCCGAUAUGCUCGGCGUGCCGCAAAGCGACCUGUCCGGGAAGCGCGUGCAGUCGCUCGUUCACCCCUCCGAUAGAGAGGCCCUGGAGGCAGCUGUGGGGGAGUGCGCAGCGGACAGCAGCAGGCGGAAGCGGCAGGUCUGGGUGCGGCUGGCAGUACGAGGACUGGGCGAGGAUGGGAAACGGGGCGGGGGGGGCGAAGGGGAGGCAUUGGCUGAAGGGGAGAUGGGCGCAGAGGUGGGAAAGGAGCAGAGGGAGGGCGAGGUUGGGGAAAUUGAAGGGGAGGCGGGUGCUUAUGCUGCAGCAGCUGAGGGAGUGUGCGCAGCUCGCCACGCCAUCGCACCCAACACCGCCUCAACCACCCCCCGAGGUGCUGCCGGUGAUGGCGUUGGUGCUGGUGCUGGUGCUGCUGGUGCUGCUGGUGCUGCUGGUGCUGGUGCUGGUGGUGCUGAUGCUGCUGGUGGUGGUGUUGACAGUGGGGGGGAGGGGCGGGUGUGUAUGUGGAAGGAGGCGGAGUGGCUGAUAGAGCAAGUGAGGGAGGCGUUACUCCUGGGCCACGAGAAUGCCAAGUUCAGAGCCAUCUUUGACCUCUCCAUUGACCCCAUCCAGGUGUUCACAAUCCCCGACUUCACCCUCCGGGAUUGCAACGAUGCCACCGUGCAAAUCAUCGGCUUCCCCUCCAAAUCUGCCACACUGGCCAACCUCAGCAUUGUCAAGCAGUCCCCCGAGUUCCAGGCAAACGGGCGGCGAAGCUUGGAGUAUUUCCUGGAGAUUCUGGACGAGAUUUUGAGAGAGGGCGGCCUGCCGCCCUUUGAGUGGGACAUGUUCUCAUUGGACGGCCGCCCGUGCACGGUUCUUGUCAAGGGCAAGGUGGUGACGGUGAACGGGAUCUCGUACUACGUAUCGGUGUGGCACGACAUAACGGAGAUGAAGCGCAAGGAGGAGGAGCUGAAGGCGGCCAAGGAGGCGGCGGAGGCGGGCAACGAGGCGAAGAACCGGUUCCUGGCGAACAUGAGCCAUGAGCUGCGCACCCCCAUGAAUGGCGUCAUCGGUGUCGCCGAGCUGCUCCUCCGCACCCCCCUCACCCCGCAGCAGCGCUCCUACGUGGACGUCAUCUCCUCCUCCGGGAACGCGCUCAUCCAUAUCAUCUCGGAUGUGCUUGACAUCUCGAGGAUUGAGACGAAAUCCUUGGUUCUGGAUCACUCUCCGUUCAACCUGCACGACACUGUGAACGAGGCCGUGGAGGCCGUGAGGAUCGCAGCCGAAAGCAAGAAACUUAAGUUGCAGAGCAGCAUGGGCGGGGGUGUGCCGGAGUGGGUGGAGGGCGACCAGCUGCGGGUUCGGCAGAUUCUGCUCAAUCUGCUCUCCAACGCCAUCAAGUUCACCGACCACGGCCGCGUCCUCCUCUCCGCCGCCCUCUCCCCCAACCCCUUUGAGUCUGACGCCGGUGGGGAAGUUCGUCACGUAGUGGCUUCGCCAGGUGCGGAUGAGGAGAUGGUGGCAGGAGAGGCAUGGAGGCUUGCAGCCGAACAGGUGGAAGGGUGCAUGGAGAGCGGAUUGUGUGCUAGAGAGCAGGAGAGGGAGGAGGAUCAGCCAAGGCAGGGAGGUACGCAUAACAUGGAUGAAACAUCAGCAGCAGCAGCAAGAGCAGGAGCAGGAGCAGGAGGAAGAGCGGGAGAAAGGGGCGGGGGAAGUUGGGGGGGAGGAGGAGGGGAGGAAGGCAUGGAUGAGGAGUUAGCAAAGCAGAAGUUGAGGGAGGAUCUGGAUCGAAUAAUGAACGAGCCGUGGAUGCUCACUCCCGCCACUGCCUCUCUUGCUGCUGCUCGGGCCGGUCUCGCUGCUGCCUCUCUCUCCUGCCCCUCCAGAGCGUCGGACUCGCCAGCUGUAACGCCAGCUGUAGCUGCUGCAGGUGCUGGCACGGCUGCUUCAGAGCCGGCUGUAGCGGGAGCAGGGGACGCCAUGGAUGUAGCAGCUGCGCCAGCCGAUGCGGUGACAGCAGGUCAGGCCAUGGAUGUAGCAGAGAGCCCAGGCUUGGCAGCAGCAGCAGCAGCCCCAACAGCACUGGAGCAUCCCACGUCAGACGCUGCAGCAGCUGCAGCAGGCGAAGGGGGGGACAGUAUGGUGCGUUCCGACGACGCAGCGAUUGCUGUUGUUGCCAGCUGUGCUGCCUCUGAUGCCGCAGCCGAUGCUGCUGCUGUCUCCAACCCCUCCUUCCACUCCCAUAUCCCUACCCUAGCCAAUCCGCCUUUCAAACCCGAAGGAACAACAGCAGAGCGGAAGGGGCGAGCGGCAGAAAGCAACAGGGAAGGGCGGAACAGCAGCGGCGAGAAAGGCAGUAGGAGAAACGGUAGAGGCGUGGAGGAGGAGGCGAAGAAGGGGCGGGUGCGGGUGUGGGUGAGAGUAGACGUGAAGGACACAGGCAUGGGCCUAUCAGCAGAUGCCAUGACGCGGCUCUUCUCCCCCUUCUGGCAGGUGGACGACUCGUCGUGCCGCAAGCACGGCGGCACGGGCCUGGGUCUCUCCAUCUGUCGCUCGCUCGCCGCGCUCAUGGGGGGCUGCAUCUCCGUCGCCUCCUCCCCCCGCCACGGCUCCACCUUCUCCCUCCACCUGCCCUUCUCUCCCUCCUCUGCUCCCCAUCCUGCUCGGGAUUUCCAGCAGCAGCGGGAGGAGGGUGUGCAGAGUGGUUUGGAGCGGUUGGGGAUUUGCAACCAAGGCGUGGCGAGUAGUUUAGCGCGUGAGAUGCACGGGGUAAUGUGGGAAGGUGCUGAGAGGCGGGGAGUGCGAGGAUUGGGUUUUGUGGUGGAAACGCGUGGAGAGGGAGUUGUGGGGACAAAGGAGAGAUUAGCAGGGAGGGAAGGGACCAAUCUGCAGGUGCAGCAGCAGCCACAGCAUCAGCAGGUUUUGCCACCGGGCACUGAGGCUGCAGGAGGGUUGGCAGAUGAAGAGAGACAUGAGCAGGAUAGCUCGGAAGGGCAGAGGAAGCGAAAGAGAGGGUCUUGUGACAACGAAGGGGAAGUGGACGCCCUGGAGGAGGAAGAAGAGGAGGAAGAAGAGGAGGAGGCAGAGAAGGAAGAGGAGGAGGCAGAGGAAAAGGCAGAGGAAGAGGAGAGAAGCAUGGGGGAGUCGGGAGAGCGAGAGAUGGAUGACAGUAAGAGAACAGCGGAGCGGCAGCAGAAGGAGGAGGGGUUACACGUUGAAAAGAGGCCUUUUGCUGCUCCCAAGCGAGCAGGCAUGUCCCUGACCAGGCCGCUCUUUCCCAAAUACAACAGCAGCACGACUGCUGGUAGUGGCACCGGCGGCAUCAGCGGCAGCAGGGGCGGCAGCAGGAGCGGCAGCAACGGCGACGGGAGCGGCAGCGGGAGCAGGAGCCGUGCUGCUGGUGCUGAUGGUGGUGCGACGGCUGGUGGUGGUGGUGGUGCUGGUGGUGGUGGUGCUGCUGCUGGUGCUGCUGCUGGUGCUGGUGCUGGUGCUGGUGCUGGUGCUGGUGCUGGUGCUGGUGCUGGUGCUGGUGCUGGUGCUGGUGCUGGUGCUGGUGCUGGUGCUGGUGGUGGUGCUGGUGGUGGUGGUGGUGGUGGUGGUGGUGGUGGUGGUGGUGGUGGUGGUGGUGGUGGUGGUGGUGGUGGUGGUGGUGGUGGUGGCAGCAGGGAGGGAGGGCCAUUCGCGGGGCUGCGGUGCCUGGUGGUGGAGGACAACGCGGUGAAUCGCAUGGUGGUGGUGCAGCUGCUGAGGAACCUGCGAGUCUCGUGUGACGUGGCAGAGAAUGGGCACAAGGCCGUGGAGGCCUGCCGCUCCACCAACUACCAUGUCAUCUUCAUGGACUGCCACAUGCCAGUCAUGGACGGCUUUGAAGCCACCACGCGCAUCCGCCAGCUUCAGUCCAGCGCCCACAUCGCCCCCAUGCCAGGCUCCAAUGCAGCUCACAACUCUCGUAGUAGAUUACACGCAGAGCAGGGAGAGGGGCAGCAGAAGGAGCAGCGAGAGGAGCAGCAAGAGGAGGAUGAGAGGGCUGAUCAGGGAAGGGUGGCUCAGCAGCGCACUCAUGUCCCUCCCUUCCCAGAGGAGGAAGAGAGAAGGGCGGGGCACAACAGUGUGGUGCAGCGAUCGACCAUCUAUGCUGUCACUGCGAGCACGAUGAAGCACGAGAGGGACAAGUGUGCGCAUGCAGGCAUGGACGGGUUUCUGGCCAAGCCCAUCCGCCUGAGGGAUCUCGAGCAGGUGCUCUCCCAGAUUGUUGCACGGGAUCGGGUGUAG